GAAAGAGACUCGAUCUGUGCCAAUUUUCUCCUCUGCUUUAGAGAGAAAGGGAGAGAGAGAGAUUGAGAAGCAGGGCCAGGGAAGUGAUAUUUCAGGAAUCUUAAGAGGUAAAUAAACGAGAGACCGAGAAGAAGGAGAGAGGAAAGGGGAGUCUCAGCAUGUGAAGAAUUUGCAAAGAAAAGACUGAAAGCAAAUGGAGUAAGAAGAAAAGACAGAGACAGAGAUGUAAUCAAUGCUUCUGUUGGGUGACCUGUGACAUCCCAACCGUUGACUCCUCUACAUGUGGUCAGGAUGUGAGACCAGCGUGACAGUAAAGGCAUCAUCAAACCACAGCCACAGCCCUGCUCUACUCCUGCAAUUAAACUGACACCUCAAAAUGCAGUCGGUAUUGAAGGGGUUUCCAGAAUAACAAGUAUAGGUUUUAGCUUUGUUUUUUGUUUGUUCUGCUUUGUAGGCUAUUUCUUUUUUCUUAUUCCUCUUUAUGAUGUUAUGCAAUGAGCCAUAUGUUGUACAAUUACAAAUUGUCCACACACCUUCCCUUCCAAUGAUUCAUCCGUUGUCUCAGUAAUAAACUCUUCCUCGCCUCGUCUGAAUUGGCUCCUGUGACCCAUGAGGAUUAUGAGGCCGGCUGUAGUGCUUCUACAAUCACAUUGCCUGUUGUGUGUGUUCACUGGUGUGUAUGUGUCCAUUGUGUUGGGCUCGCUACCUCCCGCACUCCCGUGGCAUGUCUCCUGCCCGGCGAGGUGUGUGUGUCAGAUCAAACCAUGGUUCUCUCCCGUUUCUGUCUAUCAUGAGGCUCCGACUGUGGACUGCAAUGACCUGCUGUUGACCAAGCUCCCUGUGUUUAUUCCUGUAAACACACACACCCUGCACCUCCAGAGCAACCUCCUGUCAGUCCUGGAUACAGCCGUGCUGCAUGGACUCCCAAAUCUCACUGACUUGGACCUUUCCCAGAACCACUUCAGUCACGUCAGGACGUUAACUCAAAGGUCUCCCUGGCCUUCUCUGCUGUCCCUACACCUGGAGGAAAACCACAUCAGCCACCUUCAUGAAGCUUCUUUCUCAUCACUGCCAACUUUGCAAGAACUGUUUCUCAGUCACAACAACUUACAUUCGAUAGCACCCGGAGCCUUCACUGGUUUGGACUCCCUUCUCCGUCUUCAUCUGAACAACAACAGACUCAACACUGUUGACCCCCAGUGGUUCAGGGCUUUGCCUCACUUGGAGGUUCUCAUGCUUGGGGGUAACCCUGUGGAGGCUCUGCCCGAGAGGGGCUUUGUGGCACUCAAAUCCCUCCGGAGCCUCGUUCUUGGUGGCAUGGGUCUGAGAGAUUUGGCAGAAAAAGCACUGGAAGGGCUUGAUAACCUAGAAAGCCUUUCCUUUUAUGACAACCUGUUGACAAAGGUUCCAACUAAAGCCCUCAUGAGAGUCCCAGGACUAAAGUUUCUAGACCUCAACAAGAACCACAUCAAACUAAUUGACACAGGAGACUUCAGAGAUAUGGUCCACCUGAAGGAGCUAGGCCUGAACAACAUGGAGGAGCUGGUAUCCAUUGAAAAAGGAGCGUUGGAGAACCUCCCAGAGCUCACCAAACUCGAGAUAACCAAUAACCCACGUCUCUCUUACAUUCACCCUCAGGCUUUUGUCCAAGUGAGCAGGCUAGAGAGUCUUAUGCUCAACUCCAACUCUCUGAGCGCUCUGCACCAGCACGUCAUGCUUUCCCUUCCAAGUCUUCAGGAAGUCAGCUUGCACUCCAAUCCACUGCGAUGUGACUGCCUGUUUCGCUGGGCCACCAAAAACACCUCACAUCCUCACAUACAGAGGGACAAACAAACAGAGAAAGGAACACCCCGGGUGGUGCGUUUCAUCCAACCCCAAGCAACCUUAUGCUUUGACCCUCCCGAACUGAGAGCCCGCAUGGUGAGAGAGGUGUCCUCAGGGGAGAUGUCCACCUCCUGCCUGCCCAGUAUUCCUGCCAGCUCCCUUCCUUCCUAUGUGGGGGUUCAAGAAGGGGGCAAAGUGUUUUUGCACUGCCGAGCUCUUGCAAAUCCACAGCCUAAACUCUACUGGGUGACUCCUUCUGGCCUGAGACUUGGACCUUUAUCAAGCCAUGAAUCAAAACGCUCAGGUCCUGCCCUCUGCAAGAACCUAACAACUUCUGAGGGAUUCAAACACUCUUCUGCCUCCAUUGCCCAGCACCAGCAGACUCAAGAAUCCACAUGCCAAACCUUUAAACAUUACAAAUUAUUGCCAGAGGGAACUUUGGAGAUCAGCAAAGUCAGCCCGAGAGAGGCAGGAACGUAUACGUGUGUGGCUGAGAACGCAUUAGGAGCAGAUACGCGCAGUGUUACUGUGGGAGUGCACAACAGAGGACAUGGUAGAAGACGGGGGGUGGCAACUAAACCAGAUAGACUUCAAGCAAUCAGAGCAGAUGCCAGAUUGGAGUUGAGAGAAGUUGGAAAACACUAUGCUAUCUUGUCUUGGCAAAACAGACAUAGCCUCCCCUCAACCCGCCUGUCCUGGCAGGCCAUAAACACUGAUGCUCACACACCAAUAUACACCACACGAAUCCUGGCUGGCUCACAGAGCUUCAACCUGACUCACCUGCAGGCAGAGACAUUUUACAGAGUGUGUCUGCAUUUGGGGAUUAGUGAGGGUGCCAAGCAUGUAAACUGGAGAUCAAGGAAAAGCAGAAAGCCUCAGUGUGUGUCAUUCAGGACAAAAGAGCUCCCAUGGUCUCAGCCUGGCCUGCAGCUCAACCUGGAGAUGACCUCCACAGCAGUCACACUGAUUCUUCUUGCACUUGUACUGCUCCUGGCUGGCCAGGGUUGGAACAGUGAGCUCAGGGAGGCAGUGGGAGAGCACCACAAUACCCUCCAUCAGAUCAUUAAGGGGCCGAAGACUGUGAUCAUCAAUCAGAAGGCAAAAGAAAAUGACAAACAUCCACCAAAUGAUUGUGAGAAACUGCUACUGCAUCAGAUCUGCUGAGAUAAUUGUGUACAUUCCAAUGAUGACAACAAACACAGAAAUAUACAUGCGUAACGUGACAGAUAAGACUUUGCUACUCACAACCAGAUGAGAGAAAUCUGAGAUGGUGGUAUAGAAAGAGAUUUGUAUCUAUUUUAUAUACAGUAUCAAAUAUAUAUUGACAUUGUUUCUGUGUUAAGAUGUGGUGUAAAUAAUGCAUAUUCACUAACCAGGGAAAUGAAAGCGGACAAUCAUACUCCUUACUGCACAAUGAACAAGCAUGGGAGAAUCAGCUUGGUCUGAGCUGUCUACGACUGCUGAACUGAAACUAAAACGAGCUUGAUGCAACCCAGGAACAGACAUUUUGCAAAGACAAGCAGCUCAGUCCUCUAGGGUUUUGUCCUGUUUAUCAGCUACGCAUUUCUCCGGACUUUCUCCAGGAUGAAGAAGGUCUGCCUUAUGACUGGUGUUCAGUGAACCUCUUGCUUGUUUGGACUAUGUAAAUCAAAGUGAUUGAUGUAAACAACCCUUUUGCUUAGCUCUCUGGAUGGGUUGCCCAUCUGGCAGUGCAUAUGCGGUGGAAUUAUGCAGAUUCCCAACAUAGCAUC